AUGGAUAUCCAAAAUAAAACCCUAAAAAUAACCUUAUGGAACGCCAAUAGUAUUAGAAAUAAAACCAUGGAGCUACAAAAAUUCCUAACAGAUCACAAUAUAGAUAUAGCCAUCACCGAAACGUGGCUACAACCCACCUUAAAACUCACCUACUUCGAUAUCCCCUCCAGGACCGACAUACCGGUAAAAGAUAUACAACAACCAAACCCCUCCGGUAUAGAAAUCCUAAUUGUCAAACUAAAAAUCAUACCCGCAAUUAUCAUUGGGACAGCAUAUUCUCCUCCCACCAACAAAAUAAAUCACCUCGACAAUAUCAUCCCCCAUCACGGGUCCGGAUAUUUCCUCAUUGGAGGAGAUUUCAACGCUAAACACGGCUUGUGGAACAACACGAAACGAAACAGAAAUGGGACCACGAUCAAGAACCACACAGAAUUGCACAACUACCAAAUCAUACACAGCCCUACCUUCACUCACAGACAACCCAACUCACAAACACCCUCAAACAUAGAUAUCUUCUUAUCAAAUAUCCCCUACUUAUAUGACAAUAGACAACCUGCCAUCAAAUCACCUUCCUAUAGAGCUAAAAAUAUACAUACACAAAACAAUAAGGAAACAGAACAUCAAAGAAACUCAACAAAAACAGACAAAACAAACAAACCCAGCACAUUCACAGACCCAGUACUCACAGACACCAUUAAAAAAAGAAAUCACUACAGAAGACAAUAUCAGAGAACGAGAAACCCUUAUUUCGAACUACUCAGAAACACCCUCACCAGUCAGAUACAACAAAUAAUCAAAAAUCUCAGAAACCAGACAUGGUAA